CACAACGACCUGGACACAGCUGCAUUUACCACUCGCAUCAGUAUCGUGCACACACAGACAACUCUCGUCCUCGCUCCCAUCUCUACCAGAAGCGACGGCAUCUCAUUAGCAGUUGGCCCGGCGAUCUACUCCUUUUCCUCGGCGUAGCAAUCACCGACGAAGAACGCAGGCACCGCAGGAAGAGGAUAUGGAAGCCAAUGUCGACCUAGAAGAGCUUGAGGCUUAGAACACAGAGUUUCGCUAGUUCAAUUCAGUACAGGGACCGAUUGCAGUUACAUCUAGGAUUUCAGUUCAGAAACUAGUUAAUAUAUUUUCGCAGUUCAGUGAUUUCAAGAGACAGCUAGUUAGAGAUAUUGGAUUUGGAGGUGUGCUCGGGAUCAAGCCGCUGCCAAAGUUGAACCUUAAAUUCAGUUCCUGCUUAAUGGAGAAGGUCAACCCAGACACCAAAGAGAUUCUAAUAGAUGAUGACCGCGGAAUAAAGUUCUUUCCAAAGGACGUUAGCAAUGUUUUUGGCAUCCCUUGUGGUACAAAGAAAAUAUCCACUUAUCCAACAGAACUGUCCAAAGCAUGUGCAGAAUUCAAAAAAAUUGCCGAAGAGAUGAGCGACAAGGGCGUGCACAGUUUGAAGGCUGCCGAAGCUAUCCUGGUGAAGCAUCUGGACACAGAUUCACCGUCUAUAGACAUAGACAUGUUCAAGAUCACUGCUGUUAUUUUUGUUGUGGGUCACAUGCUUUGUCCAUCAUCAAAAAAUGACUACACUAGCGUUGAUUAUUGGGAAGCACUCAGCACAACCGCAGAGAUCAGUGAGUACAAUUGGAGUGAAUUUGUAGUUGAGCACCUGCUUUCCGCCGUACGGAAGUUGAAGUGUGAUUUGCAGACUCGACACUCUACCAUACACCUAAUUGGAUGCCAUUUGUUUAUUCAGGUUUUUGUCUUGGACAAUUUAGAGCUAGGAUCGCUCACACGGCGCGCCACCUCGUCACCAAGGAUUGCUCUUUUUGACUACGAAACCAUCCGCAAGAUGGUAGAUUCACUAAACAUCAGCCAGAGUGGCGAGCCAACAUUCAUAUUCACCAUGGGGAUGCGGAUUGACGACGUCGGAUACUCAAGGUGCUUCACAAACAAGCCUGUAAUUCAGCAGCAUGCAUCCUCACCAUCCGGGGCAGGCCUUGAGCAGAACAAUAUGUUCAAGACACCAGACACCACCUCACGACAGCACAACCCAAGAUUGGUUUCUAAUGCAAUGGUUCGUGCUACAAGUCGGAAAGGGCCUUCAGAUUUUGCCCGCCACCUCCGUGAACGCUACCCUGAACUAGUGUCAGACCCAAUAGCAAUUUUCUUAAGGGAGCACAACGCAAGGGUAAUCAGGAACAUGUUCGAGCUACAACAGAAAUACCAUGAGGAAAUCACAGCCUUUGCCGACAAAAUAAUGCUCAAAUUAUCACAGCGGAACAAGUCUGACACCAAUAACAUCUUCGAUGUAGGCCAGCCUGCCACGAACAACGAUAGCAGACCUGCUGGUUGUUCACAUGCGCCGCCCGCAACAAUGUAUGGCGGCAACCCACAACUGAUUUCCAAAUCUGCAUCCGGUGGUGACGGAUGCUCUGCAACCCAGUCCACUAGUCGUUGUUCAGUUUCUGGUAAGCGUCAGUUAGCACACGUAACGACAACAGGCAGCAUGGACACUGCUGGAUCUGCGUCAUCUGGCACCCACAAUUCUGGCGCGGCGGCAUGGCAUUGGAAAAAAACACGCAUUAACCAGCCAGAUUUGGAAGAUGACACGGAGACAAGCCUAUGCGUUGAACAAAGGACAUCAGAAACAAUGCCAAUACCCAAGAACCAGAAGAAGGAGAUACUCAACGAGCUAGCUGCUACCACACAGUUUGCAAUCGAUGUCAUUGAACAAUUGACAUUGUUAUACGCGGACAAGCUCCCAGUUGGGUGUGAGGGUGCAAUAACAUUUGGGCAGUGCCUCACCGAACGCAUUGAAAAAAUUAGGCUCGGUGGAUCGAACAUGGCACGGGACCCCUGGGCAAGUGGUUCUGUUCCACACCCACCAUCGCCGACGGCUGUAGCAGCGAUAAGAGACUGGUUCUCCCGCGCACCUGCAUCAACUCUAUCAAGGUAUUGCAUUUUUACUCGCAUCAUUUCAGAAACUUGCAGAUAAUUUUUCUGCCCCCCAAAGAGAUACA